CCUGGUCCGGAUCCCGGACCCAACCCGCCAAAGCUGCUGCACAUGCUCCUAAGAUUCUGGCGGGCGUGGGGGUCUCGUCUGGGGGCCGCCCAGGACAAGCUUCGUAGGUGAGCCCCUUACCCACUAUACCCGCCACCUGCCGACCUGGAGGGCCUGCCUUCAGUGUCUCCACGCCCUCCAGGCUCGGGGGGGGGCAGUUUCAGAUUUUUAAACUCCUCCGGAAGCGCUCCAAGUUUUGAGCCAACAGGCAGCGAUGUAAACUGGAAAGGUUCUCAGUAUCUUUGAGUCUCAUGGUUUUUGCUGCCUAGAACUUUAGAAGCUGGAGCCCAGACGCGCUGCCUUCUCGCCGCCAACGAGGAAGGAGAAAAGUAGAGCGCACCCGCUUGAGCAGAGAGAACAUUGAGAACAAUGAUUUGAAAGGGGGAAAAGAAAGACCUACAAAGGAGAAUAAGAAGGUGACUCUGGAAAGGUGUGAAGCUGACUCAGGGAUAUUUGAAAUAGAGGAGCCAAAGCAGGGAUGAGCACAAUAUGGCGUGACUCCAAGUUCCAUCAACAUCUCGGGGAUGACACGAGAACAAUACAUACUGGCAACACAACAGAAUAACCUACCGAGGGCUGAGAAUGCACAGCUUUACCCAGUGGGCAUCUAUGGAUGGCGAAAGAGGUGCUUGUACUUCUUUGUCCUUCUGCUGUUGGUCACCAUGAUAGUUAACUUAGCCAUGACAAUAUGGAUACUGAAAGUCAUGAAUUUCACAGUGGAUGGUAUGGGAAAUCUGAGAGUCACCAAGAAGGGAAUCCGACUUGAAGGUAUAUCUGAGUUUCUACUUCCAUUGUAUGUGAAAGAAAUUCAUUCCCGAAAGGAUAGUCCACUGGUCUUGCAGUCUGACAGGAAUGUAACUGUGAAUGCAAGAAAUCACAUGGGGCAGUUAACUGGACAGCUGACAGUAGGAGCUGAUGCCGUGGAAGCUCAGUGUAAGAGAUUUGAAGUGAGAGCGAGUGAAGAUGGCAGGGUGCUGUUUUCGGCAGAUGAAGAUGAGAUUACCAUUGGGGCCGAAAAGCUGAAAGUUACAGGUACUGAAGGAGCAGUAUUCGGGCACUCUGUGGAGACACCUCACAUCAGAGCAGAGCCUUCCCAAGACCUCAGGCUUGAAUCACCAACCAGGUCCUUGAUCAUGGGAGCCCCUCGAGGGGUCCAGGUGAGUGCGGCUGCAGGCGACUUCAAGGCCACCUGCAGGAAGGAGCUCCAUUUGCAGUCUACUGAGGGGGAGAUAUUUUUGAAUGCGGAUACAAUCCGGCUGGGAAAUCUACCGACCGGCUCUUUUGCAUCUUCAUCACCCAGCUCCUCAAAUUCCCGACAGACAGUGUACGAACUGUGUGUCUGUCCCAGUGGUAAACUUUACCUUUCUCCAGCAGGAGUAGGUUCCACUUGUCAGUCCAGUAGCACCAUCUGCCUGUGGAGCUGAA